GCUGGGAUGGAGAAGUGCGCCUGGCGCCGCAGGGUACACAGCUGACUCCGUGCGCCACCUCCUUUUCGCCUAGCACCACCAGACACCAAAGCUGCCACAGUAGCUGCCUGGACUGAUCGCUCCGGGAGGUCAGCACCACCCUCUCCUCCCGCAGCCCACCAGGCGGUAGAGGAGCUGCCCGUGCCCGGACGCACUUGGCCCGCCCCAGGAAACUCUUCCCUAGCAGCGUUCAGCUCGGUACCGAGCACCGGAGUAACAUGGACUGCAAGGCGCUCAUCGCUCUCUGCUUCUUCACCGCAGGACUGAGGGUACAGGGUUCACCAACAUCGACCCCAGUGCCUGUUUCUCUUAUGACAAAAAUGACCCCCUCUCCAGCCACCUUGACUACCUCUGCACAGAAUACUACUAUGGCCAGCACCCCCUUGGCCGGUGGCACUCACAAUGCUUCUGUUCUCCCCACUGUUGCUGCAUCCUUGACAUCUCAGCUCUCCAAGAACAUUUCUACUGUCCCCAGAGAAGAGGCUGUCACCAGCACAGCUUCAAAGUGGAACGGCAGCAACACAGAGUCACCUGCCAGCUUCUCCCCAACGAGCAACGAUGUCCACUUGACACCCACUCCCAAGGAGCACGGUCUCAACAGUUCUGAAGCAAGUGUGCCAACCACUACACCCCAACCACCCACACUCAUUUCUUCUCAGGCUCCAACCUCAACAUCCACAUCCCAGGCAACUUCCCCACCGGAGUCUCUGUCUGCCUCCAGCAUCUCUAACAACAGCUCCGCUGUGACCAGCAUCCAGUCCACUGGAGCUCCAAUGGCACCCACGUCCCCAACAGAGGGGCCCAGCUCAAGUCAGACACCCACUUCCCAUGUUACAGCCGAACCGGCACCCAAGGAGAAAUCACCCCAAGAUGCUGAGCAUGACAGAGUAUACUGUGAGUCUGAGACCACCACCCCUUUCCUGAUCAUGCAAGAAGUGGAGAAUGCCUUAAGUUCAGGCAGUAUCGCCGCCAUCACUGUGACAGUCAUCGCUGUGGUGUUGUUGGUGUUUGGAGCUGCCGCAUACCUAAAGAUCAGGCAUUCCUCCUACGGAAGGCUGCUGGACGACCAUGACUACGGGUCCUGGGGAAACUACAACAACCCGCUCUAUGACGACUCCUAACAAAGGAAGGUGGCUGGGCACAAGAAAUAGCGGUCCUUUAUUUAUAAGUGCUUAUCCAGUAGAAUUAAUAACAAGUACUUGAUGCUCAUUGAACGACAAUCGCAAGCCCUGUUUUGUUGGUAUGGUUGGUUUUUUUGUUGUUGUUGUUUUGUUUUUGUUCUGUUGUGUUUUCUCCUCCCUCUCCUCUGGCUGCUACUACAACAUCCCCCUUCUGAUACAAAAGAACCAUUUUGUACAGGCCAAUCGAGGCCGAUUUGCAGCUGGCAUGGGCCAUCUUUGCACUGACCAAGCUGGACACCAUGAAGUGGUGGCUGCAGCCCCCACCGCAAGACCCAUCGGAAGGACUGAGGAAAAGGGCUCGGGCUGCCCUGUUGGGGAUUUAAUUUGAGGGGAACUUUUGGUUUGGGUUAAUUCUUAAACUUCUCUAUAGGAAAUUACAUGGAGGAUCAGUGGGGAGAAGAGAAAGGAAUCCCUGGAGGCUAUCACCCUGUGUGGAGGAUGCAAGGCUUUCUUGAUUUCUUUGUAAUCUUUCUUUGCCUGGCUGUGUCUGACAGGACGCCUACUUGGUCCUACAAGCAGAUAGACAACUCUUAGCUGCCUAAUUAGGAAAGAUGAAAGACGGCUGUACCCAGGAGGAGCCCAGCAGGCAGGAGCAACGCGGCCCAGCAAGCUGCUGUCAAUCUUAGCACGCUCUCAACCUGUUCUCCCCAUCCAGGCCACUGGAAGGCCAUGGGGAUCCCUGCCCACUCCCCAUGCAGGCCACUGGAAAGCAAUAGGGAUCCUAGCCCAUUCCCCAUCCAGGCCACCGGAAGGCAAUGGGGAUCCCAGCCACUGGCUUUCAGAACAGUUACAACACAGUUUGAAAAGAGAGACUCAGAGGUGAGCUUGAAGAACAGCAAGGGAGAGGAAUGUGGACAAUAAGGAUGGGGGAAGAAGGGAGGUACCAAAGCUCACAGGGACCCUCUUGAAGGAAGGAGGAGCCAGCUCCCCAUGGUAGUGGGAGAUACUUAAAUCCUGGAGGAGCCCAGAGAACUAUCACUUUGCAUACAUAAAGCAACGGGUUGGGGAAUGGCUAUAUGCUGUUUUAAAACAAUGUUUAAAAAGACAAUUAACCUUCCAUAGGAAGUAGACACCGAGAAUUACCUGUUUAUUCCCCCUAACAUCUACCUUACUCAUUCUUCCUUUUAAUAAAAGAACACCGCUGGGUCUCUAGUCUCAAACCUGUACAACAAAUUUUGAGAAAUAGCCAUUUUCCUUCACCGGCAUUCAUUUAUUUCACUUAUUAACCAUCAGGAAGUGAUUUUGUCUCCCCCGGCCCCCAGCCAGGAACAUUUGAAAAUGUCCGGUGGCCAUUUUUGACUGUUACUACUUAUCUUGAAACACUACUAAGGGGUGGAGGCUGUGGUUCCUUUGCACAGGAUGAGCUGUGACCACAAAGAGCCUCCUAGGCCGACACAUCAAAGGCUGACAUUGAGACUGAGAUGUCUUGUGAUGUCCUUGUGAUGUCAAAAGAAACUCACACAUCAGUAAAACCCUUUCAUUUUUAACAAAGUGAAACAUCAUUUUUUUUUCUCCAGAGUGGUAGCUCGUUGACUGAUAGGUUGCUUUCCAGCAUGUGCAGUUGCCUUAUAUUGUUGGUGUUUCUAGAGAGCUUCGCUACAGGGCUGCACUGCUGGUCAGCAGCAUCUGAUCCUGGGACCCAGCAUCUUAUGCUCCGAUUUCAUGUAGUAGAGAGCAUGUGUCUUAAAAUAUGUUACCAUGUCCUAUGAUGUCACAGAGAACAAGAAACCAUCAGUUUUUAAUUCCUCAGACAGAUCCUGCCCCAUGAUUCUGUUGGAAAAAAAAAAAGAA